AUGGACCUGAAAGAAGUUAAAGAUGUCAUACAAGCAUUGCUAACGGAUGUUGCAAAUUUGAGGAAAAACAUUCAUUCCACACAGAAAAUAAUGCAAGCAGAACUUGAUUCAAAAUUACAGGCAAUAUCUUUAGAGCUGUACUGUAGAAUAAAUGAGAAAGUCGUGGAUUUGGAGAAAACACAUCAAGAUAGAGUAAACUGUCUUCGCAAGGCUUAUCGCCAGCAGUUGGCAGAUGCUGUGGCCAAACUCUAUGGGCAUUUUGAUAAAAACUUAGAAAGCAAAAUAAUGCGGGAACAGACAAAACAAAAGAGCGACCUCAUUACCAAGGAGAGGAAGUUCCGAGAAAUGCAGGCGACGAUUCUUCGCAACGAAGGGGUCAUUGAGAUGCUAAAAGCCCAAUUGCAGCAGUACACGCGGAACAAAGCAGGGUUUUAUCUUGAUGGUUAUGAUGAUGAUAACAUGGAUAGAUUUAUAAAUGGAAGGAGACUUAGCACAAAUGAAAGUUCGCCUCAUGUGGACUCUGCUCUGCAAGAGGAGCUGCAAACAGUUCAGAAAGAGCUAGAGGAAGUCAACCAGAAGCUAGAAAUAAAUGAGAGAAAGAUAGUACGACUGGAAAAGACUGUCAGUGACAAAGAAGAGGAAAUGCAAUCUAUGC